GAAGCAAAGCUGAAUAUGCAAAUACAACCUAUGCUGAUGCUCCGUUUGGGUUUAACAAAAAAAUGCAAGGUAUCCUCAAUGAUUCCCUCAGACGGUGUCUUGGUCUUCCACCGAGUUCACCAAUCCAUGUUAGAUAUGCGCUGGCGGGCGAGCUUCCCCCUUUGAGGAGGGCAGAAUGGCUGGCGGCGAAAGAAUUAGGCAAACAAUGGUUGAACAAUGAAAAUAUUAGAGCGGGAUUGUCAGUGGGUGGUUUAGGUAAAUGUAGCUAUAGCUUUAUGUACAAUAAGUACAGAUCAUUGUUUGACAAAAUAGACUAUAAUACAAAGUUUAAAAAACAUAAGUAUUUUGAGGUAGUAGGGUCGUCGUUGUGUGGUUCUAAGAGAAACUACAAUAGCGACCAGUUAAAGAGUAUGGUGUUGGCUAGGUUCAAUGAUUUAAAGAAUGAGGAUUUCUACCUAAUUGCAACCGAUGCGUCUGUGACUGAAAGAGUAACUGGUAUGGCUUUUUAUGACCCGCAAAGGAAUUCUGCAAAUUUAUUCAAAAUUAAUGAUACUUUCUCUUCUACGUAUGGAGAGCUGAUUGCAAUCUGGCAAGCAGUUCUUUUUCUGACCGCCAACAACGUAAGAAAAUGGGCUAUUAUCACUGACAGUUUGGCUUCUAUUAGACUACUAGAAAAGAGUAGGACAUCAAAUUUCAUUGUGGCGGCAAUUCACAACAGGAUUGCAAGUUCAGCUUGUGAAUGUGCUAGGGUUAUGUGGGUGCCAAGUCAUGUAGGCAUAGGUCUAAAUGAAAAAGCUGAUUGUUAUGCUAAGGCUGCGGUUGGAAAUGGGUCGUUUCUAAGGGUGAAGUUAACUUUGGGGGAAGUUUUAUGCCAGAUCCGUAAACAAAUUUGGUCGGAAUGGGAAAAUGAGUUCACAGUACUAAGUACUACGAAGGGGAGAUUUUUUGCUGACAACAUUGAUGACAUUAAAAAGCCACCGUGGUUUAGGGAUAAAAAAUGUGAUUUAAAUGUUUAUGAUAUCAAAUUGAUAAAUC